AUGACUUCAGCUUCAAACGUCCUCAUCACUGGCACCAGUGGCUUCAUCGGCGGCUCCCUCCUGGCCGACUUACUCGCUCGCACCGACGGUCCCAUCAAAAACGCCAAGAUAUUCGCCGCGGCUCGAUCCGACGAGCAGGUGAAGAGUGUGUCGAAACUCGGCAUCAACGUCCUGCAGGUCGAUCUCACAGAUGAGAAGUCAGUUCUCGAGGCUGUCGUGAAAAAUGAGAUCCACAUCGUCAUCCACACAGCAGGCGCCAUUCUCCCCCAGAUGGCGACCAACUUGAUCAAAGCCCUCGGUGAACGUCGCCGAGUCACUGGAAUCGAGACACACUAUAUCCAUACUUCGGUGGCGACCAUGUUUUCAGAGGGAGGAGGCUGGCCUUACGGCCAAGUCAAGGAUUCGGAUGAUUCUCUAGUUGAGAAGCAAAAGGAAAUUGGAGAAUCAAACCCCGUGCGCAAGGUGAGCCAAACAUCAAUGCUCGACAAAUCUCGCAGGGCACAGGGCGUGACAACUUACAACGUCCCCGUCCCUACAGUCUACGGAAGAGGCACCGGAGAAUGGAGGAAGCUGUCCGUGAACAUCCCUGCAGUCACCAGAGCCAGCAUGAAGCUCAAGACCGUCUACAAGUUUGAGAAGGAUGGCAACCCCCCGGCGAUCCAUAUUUCCGACCUGACGGCCCUCUACGGCGCCAUCCUCGAGAAGAUUCUGCUGAAGGAGGCGAUCCCAAGCAACGACAAGGGCUACUACUUCGCAGUGGCCCACAGGUCUCCUUGGUGGGAAGUCAUGGAGCGUCUUGCCCAGAGCAUGCACGCCCGAGGUCUCGUCUCCGAACCGACCGCCAAGGUCUGGCCCAGCUGGGAAAUGGCGGCUGAGCAUACAGGGUUCCCGAUGGUCUUUAUCAAGGCAAUUGGCACCUCCAGUGGAGAUCUUGUCGCCGUCAAUGGGCCUAAACUUGGAUGGCAGCCGAAGUGGGAUGAGAAGAUGUACUUGGACAGCAUUGACGACGAGGUCCAGGCCGUCUUGGAUCUGGACACUGUGAAGAUGACACUCUGGGACUCAUUGUAA